GUUGGCCGCACAUGCGCAGAGAGAUUUGUCACCUGCUGGAAAACACAAGCGAGAAAGGAAGUCUGGCUCUGAAUGUUUGGCGAAAUAUAAAACCAGAUACUGUCCUGACGGAUAGUAAGCCUCUUCUGUCCUGCUGGUAGCGACGUCGGUGUGAUAAAAUGUUUAAAAAGCUAAAGCAGAAGAUAAACGAGGAGCAGUCGCCACAGAGGAAUGCGCAGUCAGCUCAGCAGGCCCAGAUGGGCAGUGGAGGCCAGCGCAGCAACCAGACCCCCUCUCACCACCACGAUGGCUCGCCCUCUCCCACUGACAGAGAGAUGCUGGCCGGGAUGAUAGCAGAGCCUGCUUUUCUCUCUGAGUAUACUAUCUUUGCUCUGGACCAUUCAAAACGACCCAAAACGGCCCAGGUAGCCAGUGUGAGUGCCUCCAAAAUACCCGUCAGGUCCCCCAGAGGGAGCAUCAAUGGGGAUGGAAGUGCUUCUCCUUACAAAGAGGAGUCACAGUCCUUUACCCAGAAGCUGCAGCUGAAGGUUCCUUCAGUGGAGUCGCUGAUUCGUGGCGGUGCGAGUCGAGCAGAAAGUCUGUUCCGCUCCUCUUCCAAAGAAAACCUGGUUCGAAGCUCCUCACGCGAGUCGCUGACGCUUUUGGGUGAAAACGAGUCCCCUGUGGCCCCCGCAUACGAUCCGCCUUCAGAUAUUGAGAGUGAAGCCGAGGAGCCGGCAGGAAGUGUCGAGUCUCUUCCUAAAGAGCAGCUGUUGCACCGACUGCUUCAAGUCGAGAGGAGCCUGGGGAAGUACAGGGGGAAGUACUCCGAGCUGGUUACUGCAUACAGGACAGUCCAUCGGGAAAAAGAGAAAACGCAGGCCAUCCUCAGUCAGAGUCAAGAUAAAUCUCUCCGCAGGAUCGGAGAGCUUCGUGAGGAGCUUCACAUGGACCAGCAGGCUAAGAAACAUCUACAAGAUGAGUUUGACGCGGCUCUAGAGGAGAAGGACCAGAUGAUCACUGUCCUUCAAACACAGGUUGCUUUGUUAAAGAAGCGAGUUAAGGGGGUUUCUACAGAUGGGUCGCUCCCUGCUGAAGGUGACGUUCUCCAGUCUGGGGAAGCUCAAGGUUCUACAUCUGUAAUGCAGAGUCCGUCGAAAGAGGAAGGACUGGAGCCAGAGAGCACCGAGGGAGAGGGCAACAGUGAUCCAACCAAACUCAUGGAGGCUCUACAGAAGAGGGUGAAGAGGCAGGAGAACCUGCUGCAGAAGUGCAAAGAAGUGAUGCGUACGCACAAGGAGCGGAGCACACAGCUGAGCAGUGAGAACGAAACUCUGCAGGAGCAGUUGCAGGAGCGCCUGCAGGAGCUGGAGAAGAUGAAGGAACUUCACACAACAGAAAAGACCAAGUUGAUCACUCAGCUGCGGGAUGCCAAGAAUCUGAUUGAACAGCUGGAGCAAGACAAGGGGAUGGUCAUUGCUGAGACGAAGCGGCAGAUGCACGAGACGCUGGAGAUGAAAGAAGAGGAGAUUGCUCAGCUGCGCUCGCGGCUGCAUCAGGUCACCGUUCAGAAAGAGGAACUACAGGAACAGAAAGAAAAGGCUGAGAAAUCAGCUUUUGAGGAGCUGGAGCGGGCUCUAGGCGUAGCUCAGAGGGCAGAGGAGGCCAGAAAACAGCUGCAGGUUCAGCUGGAGGAGCAAGUGACGGAAGUUGAAAGGGCGAGUGAAGAGGAGAGGAGGAAUCUUCAGCAGGAGCUCACGCGUGUCAAACAGGAAGCUGUCACCAUAAUGAAGAAAUUAUCAGAAGAAAAUGUUUCUAAUCUGGAAAAGACCCACAGUGAAGCUCUGGCUGCUAAAGAGGAGGAAAUAAAAGACAGAAUCAACAAAGCAGUGGAGCAAUGCAGAGAGGAGUUUGCACAGUUAUCUAAAGAGAGAGAACAGCAGGCCUCGCUCGCCCUGGAGGAUGUGGAGCUGCAGAAAACGGCCGUCAGAGCAGAAGCCGAUAAUACGAUUAAAGAGCUGCAGCUGGAGCUGGAAACUGCAAGAACCAGGAUAUUGGAGCUGGAGAGCUCUGUGGACAAGAUCUCUCGAGAUGAAUCCAGCCUGUCUCACCAAGAGUCCAGUCAGCUGGAAGAGCUGAAGAAUCAACACAAAGAGCAAAUCACCGCUUUGGAAGAAAAGCAUCAGGAGCAGCUGGAAAAGCACAAGGAUGCUCUGAGGGAGCAGAGUGACACCACUCUUGAGGAGCUCAAGGAAAAGCACAGAUCUGAAAUGGAGACUGUUCUGAAAGAGAAAGAGCUUCAACUCCAAGCUCACAUUGAAGACAUGAACCAGAAGAUUUUAGUGAAACUGGAUGAGAAGCAGGCCGAGUUGGAGUCGCUGUCGGAUGAGCUUUCAGAGGCUUUGAAGAGUAAACAACUUCUGGAGGAGAAGUUGGGGGCAGCUGAAGAGGCCUCUAGGGUCGCUCAAGAGGAACUCGAAGGAAAGUUCCAGGAUCAGGUGACGAAGCACUAUGCUGAGCUUGAAAAUGUCAAACGCGAGCAUGAAGAGUCACUUGGAGGUGUAGAAAAAACUCUGAAACAGGAGCUUAAUGCGCUAAAAAUAGUUCUGAAAGAAAAGGAAAAGGAGAUGGAACAGCUCAUCUCAAAAGAAAAAACACUACAGGAGGAAUCAAAUUCCAAAUUCAAGAAAUAUGAAGACUUGCAGCAGAGACUUUUAAAAGUUCAGCAAGAAAACAAGAGCCUCAAAGAGUCAAACGCAGAGUUUGGUAAGGUCUCAGAGGAUCUGGAUCUGUGUAAGAAGGAGCUGACUGAUCUAAAGCAUCAGCUGGAUUUGUCAAACAAUGAACAUCAACAAAAGGAGAAGCUGCUCCAGGAAAUGGAGAACCAAUUAAAAGAUUUCAAAAAUGAGCUCUCAGAAAAGGAGAAGCUUCAUGCAGCAGAACUGGGCAGAAAUCUGGAGGAGCAAGCACGCCUCAAGAAACAGCUGGACGAUGAAAGAGCCGCGCACGAGACGAAGCUGAAGAACGCUAAAGCCGAGCUGGAAUCCAAGCUGAAGGCGCAGGAAACAAAAAUGGAAAAGUUCAAGCAGAAGGCCAAAGAAAUGCAGGAGAACUUCAAGAAAAAGCUCCGCCAGACUGAAGACAACAUGAAAGAGGAGCUGGCAAAGAAAGAGAAGGAGCUUCAACAGAAGGAGCAGCAAGUUCAGGAGAAAUUUGUAGAAAUGGCUCAGAGUUCCCAGGGCCUCAGCAACGCCGUGUCAGAGCUCCAAGCCAACCAUAAGGAGGAACUGGAGAAGCUUUGUGCCACUCAGAAGCUCGAGGUCGAAGAGCUAGAGCGCCGCUGGCAGGAGAUGCUGGCGCAGCAAGAGGAAGAGCUCACAGAGAAACAUUCACUCACACUACAGGAGAAGGUUCGGGACCUGGAGGAAAUGUCUCAGCAGCUUAGCAGAGACAAGGAGGAAAAUGAAAAAACAUUGAGAGGAUUAAAAGAGGAACUGGCAAUCAGAGAGACCACUGUGCAGAAGCUGCAGGAGAAACUUAAGGAAGCAGCGGUGAAGCUUGAAAGUUUGUCUCAGGGUGAAGCGUUGCUUAAAGAGCAGACGGAGACGGCAGAGAGAAACCUCAACCAGGCGCUGAGUGAGAGAAACACUCUGCAAGACAAGCUGAAGACGACUGAGGAAGAGCGUUUGGAGAAGAUCAAGACUUUGUCUGAGAAGUUGAAUCAAACCGAAAACCAGCUUAACGCUUUGAGAAAUUCUAGACUGAGUGAAACUGAGGACUUGGAGAGUAGAUUUAAGGAAACGACCAUCCAGCUACAAACCAAGGAAGCCGAGUUCCAGCAGCAACUAAAUGCACUCGUCAACCAAACAGGCCGUUACUGUCUGGAGGUUCAGUCUAAAAUAGAUUGUUCUUCUCAUGAAAUCCAGCAACGAGUCGAGGGUCGACUAAAAGAGCUAAACCACAGGCUGCUGUGCAGCCAGGAAAAGUUAGGCCGCGUCAAAAACGUUUUCCUCACCCAGGAAAGCAGAGUUUGCACUUUAGAGGAGAGCCUUCUCCAGCACAAAGAGGAGAACAAGAACCUAUGCAUUUCAUUAGAUCAGACUACCGCUCAGGUAAACGUUCACAUGGAGCACAUAAAAGCCUUAACGCACGAGAAGGAGAACCUUUCUCUGUUCAUCAGUGAGCACGUGCGGAAAAUCGAGGAGUUGAGCGAAGCGAACAGAGUCAUAUCAGAAAGUCUGAAAACAAACGAGCUGCACGUCGCUGACUUGGAAAGUCUGGUCGCGGAUUUGAACAACCAGCUUGCAAGCAGCAUCAAAGACAAGGAGGAAGCCAUAACUCAGCUGAAGCAGCAGAGUGAAAAGGAGCGACAGCAGAUGAAGGAGAGCAUUGAGAGAUUGGAGCAGGAGAGGAAGCACGCCUCAGAGGAGGCAGAUGCACUCAGGAGCAGCCUGUCUGAGAAAGAGAAGAGUACAGAGACCAAGUUCACCCAGGAUGAUGACAUGAUUAGAUCGCUGCAGAAAAGGCUGGAAGACCUGGAGAAGGAGAUCUCUGAGAAGAACGAAGCCCUGCAAAGGUUGUCGGCAGCUAUUGACAAUCAGUCUAUCAGCAAAUCUGAGAUGGAUCAAGUGUUGAGUGAAAAAGAGCAGAAAGUCAGCCACCUCACUUCGGAGCUCGAUGGUUAUAUCGCUCGGCUCGGUGAGCUUCAGGAGCAGUUGGUCUCAAAAACAAAAGAGUGUGAGCAGCUCGCGUCCGACUUCAAACAGCAACAUGACAUCAGGGAGAAUGAGAAGAAGGCGCUGGUGGAGCAGCUGCAGCAGUUUCAGACACAGUGCACUCAGAACGGUAAUCUGGAAGAAGAGAUGGUAGAAAAGCUGCGCUCGCUCGAGGAGGAAAACCAAAAGUGCAAACACACGCUCCAAAGUCAAACGGAGGAAUUCAAAAGGAUGAAGGACGAAGUCAUCAGGAGCAAGGAGGAGAGUCUGAAAGAAACCGAAGAAAGGUGGUCAGCCGAGAGUGCUCGGAGAGUGUCGGAGCUGAAGAAGAAGGCCGAGCAGAAAAUUAGUCAGAUUAAAAAGCAGCUGACUGCACAGCUGGAGGAAAAAGAGCAGAUGAUUAAGGCUCUUCAGAGUAGCCUGGAGGAGAACAAGAGCAACGAAGCUUUGGGCAAAAAACAAAUGGAAACAUUAGAAGAGAAAACAAGAAAGCUUGAAGAAGCUCUUAAGGUCUCGGAGGAGCAGGAGAAAACCCUGGAGCAGACUCUGAGCAACGAGAGGCUGGAGAAGGAAGGGUCUUUAGAAGAGCUGAGAGUCACGUAUGAAGACAAGCUGACAUCACUUCAGAGGAACGCCGUGCAACAGAGCGAGCUCAAAGAAACAGAAUCAGCCCUGCAGGAAGUUCAGGCUAAGCUAAAGGAAGCUGAGGAGCAGAAUCAAAGCCUCCUUGCUGAAAUAAAUCGCCUGAAGGAGGAAAUAUGUGAGAAAGAAGCCCAGCUCAAUCAGCGGGAAGCAACCUCAAACAUUGCCCAGGAGGUGAUGGUGGAAUGUAGCAGCGUACAGCAGACCGCCAGCAUGGUGGGCUAUCACCCUCCUGUACGAGAACUGGAUGGCGAUGAAGAGUCGUUGCAAGCACUCCAAAGUAAACUGACUCAGAUGAAGAACGAGAAGGAGAAAAUCCAGAAGGACUUCAACAGGUUACAGAAGGACAUGCGGGUGCUGAGGAAGGAGCAUGAACAUGACCUGGAGUGCGUGAAGAAAGAGUUACUAGAGGAGAAUGAGAAACAAUUAAAACUGGAGUUGGAAGAUGCAGAGCUGAAACACAACUCUACCAUAAAGCAGUUAAUGAGGGAGUUCAACAUGCAGAUGGCCCUGAAAGAGAAGGAGCUGGACACGUCUAUGAAGGAGACCAUCGCCAAGGCCCAGGAGGUCGAAACCGAGCUAAUCCAUACCCAUCAUGAAGAAGCCAGCCAGCUGAAGAAGGUGAUUUCCCAGAAGGAGGACGAUCUGCAAAGAACCGUUCAGAGAUACGAACAAGUUAUACAGAGUCGAGAGGAGGAGAUGGGAGACAGAGUGUGGCAGGUUCAGAAACAACUGGAAGAGUUGCAAGCACGUUGCCAGGACACUUCAGAGGUGACCCCAGAGGACCUACAGGCUCAGCUUGCUGAGAAGACGACUUUACUGAGCGAGGCUCGACUGAAGGAGCAGGAGUUUAUCGAACGAAUUCACACGCUUGAAGACAACAUAAAAAGUGCCCACCGCAACAUGGUUGUAACUCAUCUGGGAAGCACAUACAAAGAUCCCGGAGUCAACGCUGCUGAAACGCUCUCGGAGCCCACUGAGAUGGAGUACCUGAGGAAAGUGCUGUUUGAAUACAUGAUGGGACGGGAGACAAAAACGAUGGCCAAAGUGAUUACUUCCAUGCUGAAGUUUUCUCCAGACCAAGCCCAGAAGGUUUUGGACAAAGAGGAUUCAAAAACAAUCCCUUGGUUACGAUGAGCGUCUGACUUCUGAUGUUCUGCUGCUGCUGAAGGAGAAGACAGCCAUGAUGUAUAUCAAGCGCUUUUCCAUAUUUCAUUUUUUAUGAGUGUGUGUGCGCGAGCGUGCGUGUGUGAGUGAGUACAGUAUGAGGGAAUUCGGUAUUUUGUCAGAAACAUGAAAAUCUUCCAUAAUCUACAUUAAAAUAAAGUUUAUUUAUGUUUUAGAUCAAGGUAAGAGGCUUUCCUGUUGUGUUUAUACAGACUGGCUUGUGCAAUAAAAGAUCUCGCAUACUGACGCCGACAGUCGGUUGAUUUCUAUGUUUUUGUUUUGUGCUCUUGUCUGAAUCACACCUGUUAUUUUGUAAAGGACCCUUCAACUUUGCUCUUGCACUAAAUUAACCUUCUGGUCUCUGGACCUCUUUUGUUCACAGCUUUUUUACACUUUAUAUUUUAAAAUGGUUAAAAAAUCCAAACCCAAGAGUGUAAAUUGUAUAAUAAAAAAGACAAACUGUAAUAUAGGGCAUUUAGUGAUUUGCUUCACAUUUUUCAGACUAAUAAAUACAAUAUGAAACUAUUUACCAA